GCCGCGAUUGGCCGACGGCCACCGCGUACUGGGCGAGGUGACGAAAUCCCCCGUGCCCGCCGCAGUCGCCGCCCUAUCCCUCCUAGGCUUUCUCCUCCAGGAGACGAGAGCUGAUCCCCACCAUCGAAUUCGAAUCCAAGGCCCCUUGCUGCGCCGUCGCCAGAUCUACACUCGCCAUGAGCUCGACGGGUGAUACACCCCCAUUUCUCUUCUCCACGGAGAUGCUCCAGUGCAGUGCGCCACACGAUCUUGCCGAGCUCGUGCUUUGCAAGCUCGAGGGGAGCGGCGGCGUCUGGGCGCUCGCGUAUCUGCAGAUCGGCUCGUUCUUUACGGCCCUCAUCUUGGGCUGGCAUGCGAGCAAUGUGGUACAGUACUAGGCAAAAGUGCAGAACAACAGUUUGGCUUGCUAUGUUUUAUUGCGAGCAUAGACUCUGCUCACCAUGAGCAACGAUUGGUUAUUUGGCUUGCUGCUACCAGUGGUUCUCUUCGUAUUGGUUUGUGCAGGAGUGAUUUUGGUAGGCUGGUUUACUUUUCUGCAGUCAAUUUCUCAUGUUUUUUAGCUCUAAUUUGAUGUUCCAGUUUGAAAUUUUGAUGAACAGAUAAUGAAAGUAAGUAGAAGUUGCUCUGUCAGGAUUUUAUCUGAUGCAUUUCCCAAACAGACCAAUCCAGGCGAGUAUAAUUUCACUGGUUUUAUACUUUUAUUGGUGCACUGUAUUUUACCAGUGCAACUUCUCACAGGUGUAUAUAUUUACGCGGUUGCCCAGCGGGGCCUUAGUGUUUUAACUUUCCACUUGUUAGUCGUUAUGGUAAGGACCGGAGUUGAGCGAAUUGGUAAAUAAAUACCUUAACGAGAUAUACUCAGCUUGACUCCUUAUCACGUGCCUCAAUGUGAAUAAUAAUUGCAAAAAGAAAGAAGAAGAUGAAAACUAACUACUUCCUCUAUCCAGCUUUAUAAGCCACCCCCUUUGAAUUUUGAAUUCACUUUAUAACUCAAAAAUUUGACUAAUAAAACAUGAAUUAUAUGCCAAAAAUGCAGAGAGAAGAGGUUUAGGACCAUGGUCGCCGCAGCCACACUCGACACCAUUGGAUGUAACACUGCUGACAUAUGGAUUAGGGACAUGUUUAAGUUCAAAAGUGUAACUAGCUCCAUCAGUAGGCCUGCACAUGCUCUAUUGUUUAACCAUGAUGGGCGGGCACGCGGCUCUGUACUGUAGCAAGUGAGCCCAAGCCUGGGAAUUCAAAAAAGGCGGUAUUUUUAUGACCUUGUCGGCUGUGUUCAUCUUGCUAUCAUUUUUCGGGUGUUAUUCUCCUGAAUGAGCUUGUGAGUAUUCGCUUGCUGCAUUAUUAUUUUCAUGUGAGGAAAAAAAUAUUCUUUAUUGCUAACAAAGUUGUGUUCAUGUAAAAACAGAUCUGUUUGCACAGACUAUGUGCUUAGAACAGCAUCUUAUCUAGUUUGAAGAAAUAACAUUCAAUUGGCAGAUAUCCAGUAAAAAUCUUUUGGGGGAACUUUAAGACAUAACAACUUGAAAACCGGAUCCUGGACAUUUCCGCUUGCUAGUUAUUUUAAUUUCUAUCAGUUAGUUUUUAUGUGGCUUUAAAAUAUUUUUCUUACAGUUUAGCCACCGUUCGGUUUCUCUCCACUUCGCUCAACUCCGCGGAGCUCGGUUUGAGCUGCUCCGUAAAAAGCUGCUGCAGCUUGCUCCGCUCCUGGAGCUGAGUCACGGGAGCGGAGAGAAACUGAACAGGCCCUUAAUAUCACUGUCUGCCACUAACUAAAACUUUAGUUGAUUUUCACAGGAAAACAUCAUUGAUAAAGAAAAAUAUUUGCUUAACAUGCAAACUGAGCAGUAUUGAAGCGACGGAUAAACUCCUAUGGUGUUACCAUGCACAGUAGGUUAAUUACCAUCUAUAGACCUGCUAAAUCUCCCUUGAUGGUUCCCACCAUCCCCACUGUACACAAUAUGCACCAGGCAUAAACCCCUGUGAAGUGUGUCAGCAGAUGAGUGGUAGUGAGUGUCAGCCGAUGCUGAUCCAUGCUUCUGCUCAACAUAUCUUAAAAAUAUAUACUGAUGUGGUCUAAUUUAGGCUUAAAAUUUCAGGGGACUAAUAAAUUCGGAUGGUGCGGAAGUAGCUAUUUUCCUGAUAGAGGAUGUUGGGUAGGCGAUGAUGUUUGGUAUGCUAGUCCCCACGUGGAUCCGAACGGGCUGUAUAUUUGAAUAGCUUGCUUGUCAUUCAGCUUAACAGGCUAGCUAGCUGUUGGAACUAUUAAGUAUUAACGGCAACCUCGUUUGCUGCUGGUCAAGAUCUAACCUUGGUCUUUGCACAUAUAAGCAUAUAUUUUACCCCAAAGGCCCAGCCCCCCAGCCACCAAGCCUUGUUAGCUGAUGUGAGUGACCUGUUAAGCUUGAUGUGGCUGCUCUUAGUUCCUUCCUGCUCUGCUUGGUGCGUCUAAGUUGAAUUAGAUUCCUCUCCUCUUUCCACUCUAGUGGUACCCUGGGCAGGGCGUCUACUACCUGAAGGUAAGAUCAAUGGAUCCCGCGAGUGCAUAAAGGCAUACUAUUUUCUCUUCAGUUUUCUUUUGUGCACUGAUAGCACACGGAUUGGUCUAGCUAGCUAGAGUACCAACCUCUUCCAAAACAUUUAUAUCGAUGAUAUAGAGCAGAUCGAGCAUGCAGUGAUAUUUACAAAGAAUAAAAACAACAUGCGCAUGAUAGUCUUAGUGGAUUGACCUCAACUCUUCAGGUGGAGAAGAGAAUGCGACGUCGUGGGAAGCUUGUUGAUGACAGGUGGUGGGAUGAAGUAAUGAUUGCCAACUCGUAUGCCCUGCUCAUUGGUUACCUGUCCAUGGCCGUCAAGGGCCUGGGUUUUCUGGUGCUUACUUGGACCACCGUAGUUCUUCUGGGUGGCUUCGUCUCUACACUGCAGAAGAAGGAUUUUUGGUGUCUUACCUUCAUUACCCUAGUACAGACAGCUGGGAUCUUCGAUGUUCUUCUAACUGAAAAGCUGAGCUAUAUUGGCAAAUCAAUCUGGGCUGUUUUAUUACCCCUGUCUGUUGACAACCUUUUGCAGCGUAAAUGCUGGGUGCUAGCAGAAUUUGCAACGAUUGUUCAAGUAGUAGUAUUUGCCAUUCUAUUGUGCCCUCUGGCAGCUGUCUACAUGUUUGGGUUGUUAAUCUCCACGGGGAUUUCGAUGUGGCGUCUGAGACAGCAUGAUUACGGGAGUGAUGCUGACGGACUAGGAAACCUGAAGCCGGCGCUGGACGUCUUGUAUUCCAUUGCUGUAUUCCAGGGUGUGAUUUUCUGCUACAAAACCUUAUUUGGUUUUGCAAAGGGAUCUGUAGUGAAUACAGUACUUGAAAGAAUGAAGUUUGGGAAUCAGGUUCGUGUUGGAAUCUCGGACUACUUACUUGAAACGACAAUCGGAUGUGAAAAGAACCCGUCGUUCGCUGGAGGAAGAAACCUCGUCUCAUAUGCUGUGGACCUCAUGGGGUCUAAGUUACCUGAUGACUAUGUUUCCGGGUUAAGGAUCCUGGAUGCAUUCACCAGACAAAUGAAGAUAUCUGCCAAGGGUUUUGAAGAAAUAAGUAUCUUUUUCACUAGGAGGAAAUUGAAGAUGUUCGUGCAGGAGCACAUACUCAUGAAGUAUCUGAUCAUGUCUGCAUCCUCUACUGACUUACUCCAGAAACUGCUGCAGACGUUAGGCUCCAGUAGUAUAUAUGACAGAGAGACGAGGGGGUGCGCUGCGAGGAUUGUGGCCCAGAUUGCUGCAGGCAUUCGUUUGGAGGAGAUCCCAACGGGGGUUGUUUACAUAUUUUCUCUCAUCAACUCAUUCGAAACAUACAGUUUACUCCAACCAUACCAGGUAGAGUGGGCACAAGAGACAUUCGAAAAAAAUUGGUACAGUAUGGCUCGCCAUCUGCAGUCACCAGAUCUUGAUAGCAAAGAGGACAGUCAUGAAGAGCGAGGGGACAGUGAUGGUGAACUUUUUAACGCCUACAAGGAUUUAAUGGAGCAAGGUUUUUGUAUCAUUCGGAAGCUCGCAACCAAUAAUGACAAUUGCAGAAUCAUGCUCGACACCCCAUGCCUGCUCCAAAAGAUCAUGGCGCCUGUGACCUCCGACCUACUCCACCAAAUAGAUCAUGGUGCAUGGCAUGGCAUAGUAGAGGGUUCAAUGAAAGCGAUUAUGUGGCUCGUGGCUGCUACUGGGCAGACCGGCACCAAGCUGCGUAGCAAAAUCUCAAGCAGUAAGGAAGCGAUCAGCACCAUGGAGAGGAUUCUUGACUGUGAAGAAUGCGAUGAAAAGCUGCAGCAACAUGUUAUUCUGGUUCUCAGAGACCUAUACAUGGAUACAUCUUUGAUACUGGAGAAUGCAAACAGAGAAAAAUUUAUAGAGAUGUUGGUAGACAUUAUGACUGAUGAUAACAAGGGCAAGGACGACAGACAGGUGGCAGCAUCUCAAGCACUGGUGACUCUAUGUUCCAAAACUGAAACGGGUGCCAGGAUUAUCAUUAAGGCAAAUGAUAAUGUUGUUAAUAAUCUCACUGUGAUGAUCACUGAAAACCGUAAAGCCCGAUUAUUUGCAGCAAAAAUCCUGGAAUACCUCUGCAUUCAUUGCACCAGUGAUGAUGAAAGUCUCAAAAGAAUGAAAGUCAUGGCAGAUGUAGUUCCAAAGGUGCUUGGGGAGAUAAUUUGUUGGGCAUCAGAAGAAAAAGGUACAGGAAUAGAAGCUGACCAAGUCAAGUCCACGGAACCAGUAACUGAUCUUGAAAACCAAUCUAGUGUGUCACAAGAUAAUGGCCAGGGCAACAACUCGUCUUCUAAUCAGCAAGACUGGAAGCUGAACGAGUAUGCGGUGAGUUGCUUGUUAUCCCUUUGUGUCACAGUGUGCGACAUGUUGAUCAGUGCAGAUCAGGACUUGACUCCUCAGUUUGAAUCAACUACCCCUAUGGAUGGUGUAUCUAGCUUCCCAAUGAAGCUCAAGCAGAUUGUAGGAAAAAAUAUGCAUCACAGGUCUGACCGCCUGGCAAUUCUGAAGCUUACAUGUAAGAUGGUCAUGUCAAUGAUGAAACACAGGGGCAGCUAUGUCAAGGAAGACCUGCAAAGUUUGAUGGAUACACUGUCCACCGCUUCGAAAGAUAUGUUUCUUAUUGAUGGCUCCAUGGUUUUUGACAUUAAGGAAGAUGGUGGCGGUGCAACGAAGCCGGAGCCUUUCAGGAGUCUCGUUUCCCUUGUGAAAGAAGCACAGGAACUGGUGAACAAAAGAAAUGAACUUUGAUGUUGAAACUUUAUCAUUGGGGAACCCUGUUUAAGUUGGAACUUAUUAUUCACCUUCUGUCGGUAGCCUUCAUGUAUUGUGAGUUCAUCUGUAUACCAUCUUUGAAACUUUGUGAGUAUUGCCCGAAUA